AUGAGUUCACCAGCAAAUCUUUUCCCUGGGCUGAAUGACAUAACGGACGUCCUGGAGGAAUUUCCUCUAGCCACGUCUAGGUAUUUAACCUUAUUACACGAGAUCGAUGCCAAAUGUGUGCAUUCAAUGCCAAACCUGAAUGAAAGGAUAGACAAGUUUUUGAAGAAGGACUUCAAAAAAGACCACGAGACGCAAGUAGGGUUGCUCAAUAACAUAAACAAAAUCUACGAGGAACUGAUGCCGUCGUUGGAAGAGAAGAUGCACGUAUCAUCGAUCAUGUUGGACAAUCUAGACAGACUGACAUCCCGAUUAGAAUUGGCAUAUGAGGUCGCGAUCAAGAAUACAGAAAUUCCCAGAAGCCUUAGAUUGGGCGUGGACAAUCAUCCGGCAAUGCAUCUACACCAUGAACUAAUGGAGAAGAUAGAAACCAAGUCAAACAGCAAAUCGUCGCAAGCAUUGAAAAGCGAAUCGAGAAGAGAGGCCAUGGCCGCCAACAGAAAACAGGGUGAACAUUUCCCACCAACUCCACAACAACAUGACGAUCUAAAGAAUGAUCUCAGCUACGCAGCCGGCAGACAGGAUAGCCAGGGCCAGGCUGGCAGUAGCACAAGUUCGAGAAAAAGAAUAAACACCACAAAUCCCAAUAUCAGCGAAACAGAACCCAAAAGACGCAAGCGAAGAGUCGCCACUACUUCCGUCUCCCCGGCCACCUCCAACACCACCGCCCACAGCAGCAGAAUGGCCGGCUCUGCGGUGUCCCGGGCUGUCAGCAGCGCUGGCAGCAGCAACAACAGCAGGAUAUCAAGGCCGAAGACCAACGACUACGGCGAACCGCUCUACUGCUAUUGCAAUCAGGUGGCGUACGGGGAAAUGGUGGGUUGCGAUGGAGCAGACUGCGAACUGGAGUGGUUCCACUUGCCGUGCAUCGGCCUCGAGACGCUUCCCAAGGGCAAAUGGUACUGCGACGACUGCAAAAAAAAGCUGUGA